UUGACAAAUCUCAGCUCCGCGGAGGCUAACUGGCCUUUGUCCAACUCCAAUGUCCGAACCUCCGAUCUCUGAGAGUUAAGAGAGAAGUCUAAAACUUACUUCACAAAACACUCCCACAUCCACCAGAUCUAUUCUCCAAUCUCCAUUUCCUCUUCAGAUCUCCGAUCCUCUUCUCCCAAUUCUCCCUUUCAUCCUCAAUCCAGAGUUGCAGAAGGAGGAGAGAGUUUUAGGUGAAGGAAUCGGAAAUGGCGGGUGGAGCCGCCGGGGGUUUCGUUUCGCGAGCGUUCGAGUCGAUGCUCAAAGAGUGCUUGGGCAAAAAGUACCCCGACCUUCAGAAAGCGAUUCAGAAUUAUAUAGAUGGUACGAAAGAGGUCAAACAGGUUCAGAAUCCAGUUCCCAGUGAGACAAACCAAGCUGCAUCUGUGGCUGGUGAAGACAGUUCGGUUGAAACAGGAGCUGGAGCUGCACAAACUGACACAGAGCCGACCACAUCACAGACAGUUUCUCUGAGUGUGCCGGGAGCUGAUUCUGUGGGUAAGCCAGUGAGCAUCAGCGAAACUAUUUCAACUGUUUUGGCAAAUGCUGGGCAUACCUUGGAGGGGUCUGUGGCAGAACUUGUUUUGAGUCCUCUUCGACUUGCGUUUGCGACAAAGAACUUGAAAAUCCUAGAAUCUGCUUUGGAUUGUCUUCAUAAACUCAUAGCAUAUGAUCAUCUAGAGGGAGAUCCUGGUUUAGAUGGGGGUAAAAAUGCACCACUGUUUACAGACAUACUGAACAUGGUCUGUGGUUGUGUUGACAAUUCAUCCCCUGACAGUACCAUUCUCCAAGUGUUGAAGGUCCUUCUUACUGCUGUGGCGUCCACAAAGUUCAGAGUCCACGGGGAACCUUUGCUUGGAGUUAUCAGAGUAUGCUACAAUAUUGCUCUUCACAGCAAGAGUCCUGUAAACCAAGCAACAUCAAAGGCAAUGUUGACACAGAUGAUCAGCAUCGUUUUCAGGAGAAUGGAGACUGAUCAGGCAGUUCAGGUAGCAUCUGCUUCUGCUGGACAGACAGAAGCCAUCUUAGCUGAGAAUUGGAAGACAAAAGUAGAAGAAACUUCCUUGGGGGAUGAAAAUGAGAAAGGAAUAACUUUAGGCGAUGCACUUAACCAAGCGAAAGACACUUCUCUUACAUCUGUGGAGGAACUCCAGAAUCUUGCUGGUGGUGCUGACAUCAAGGGCUUAGAGGCUGUCCUUGACAAAGCUGUGCAUCUUGAAGAUGGUAAAAAAAUAACCCGAGGGAUUGAUCUUGAAAGCAUGAGCAUAGUCCAACGAGAUGCUUUAUUGGUAUUCCGCACCCUUUGCAAGAUGGGCAUGAAGGAAGAUAAUGAUGAAGUUACAUCCAAAACUCGAAUUUUAUCUCUUGAGCUUCUGCAGGGUUUAUUAGAAGGGGUCAGUCACUCAUUUACCAGGAACUUUCAUUUCAUCGAUUCAGUCAAAGCUUAUCUUUCAUAUGCUUUGUUGCGGGCUUCAGUUUCGCAGUCCCCUGUCAUAUUUCAGUAUGCAUCCGGAAUUUUCUCAGUUCUUUUGCUGCGUUUCAGGGAAAGUCUUAAAGGUGAAAUUGGCAUCUUCUGUCCUUUAAUAGUCUUACGAUCACUGGAUGGCUUGGAAUGUCCUGUCAACCAAAAAAUAAGUGUUCUACGGAUGCUUGAGAAGGUUUGCAAGGAUCCGCAGAUGCUUGUUGACAUAUUUGUAAACUAUGACUGUGAUCUUGAGGCGCCAAACUUAUUUGAACGCAUGGUUACUUCGCUAUCUAGAAUAUCUCAAGGGACUCAAAGUACAGACCCCAAUUUAGUUGCAUUGUCUCAGACAACUUCAAUUAAAGGCUCAUCGCUUCAGUGUCUUGUGAAUGUGCUUAAAUCACUAGUUGAUUGGGAAAAGUCCCGUAGAGAAUAUGAAAGCCGGAGUAAAAGCAUUCAGUCUUCUGCAGGAGAAGCGUCAGUUGGAGAAUCUGGAGAGAUAAAAAAUAGAGAUGAUUUAACUAGUAACUUUGAGAAGGCAAAGGCCCACAAAUCUACAAUGGAAGCUGCCAUCUCUGAGUUCAACAGGAAACCAGUAAAGGGUGUAGACUAUUUGAUAUCAAAUAAGUUGGUCGAAAACACGCCGCCUUCAGUGGCCCAAUUUCUGAGAAAUACUCCCAGUUUGGACAAGGCAAUGAUUGGGGAUUAUCUGGGCCAGCAUGAAGAAUUUCCCCUUGCUGUGAUGCAUUCAUAUGUUGAUUCAAUGAAAUUUUCGGGAAUGAAGUUUGAUGCUGCAAUCCGUGAAUUUCUUAAAGGAUUCCGACUACCGGGGGAAGCCCAAAAGAUAGAUCGUAUAAUGGAAAAGUUUGCAGAACGAUAUUGUGCAGAUAAUCCAGGCCUCUUCAAAAAUGCAGAUACUGCAUAUGUUCUUGCAUAUGCGGUUAUAAUGUUGAACACUGAUGCACAUAACCCAAUGGUUUGGCCUAAGAUGUCCAAGUCUGAUUUUGUACGCAUGAAUGCCAUGAAUGAUGCAGAAGACUGUGCUCCUAUAGAGCUCUUAGAAGAAAUAUACGACUCUAUUGUGAAAGAAGAAAUAAAAAUGAAAGAUGAGAAAUUUAGUGUUGAGAAAGGUAGCAGAUCCAAACCAGAAGGUGAAGAGAGAGGCCGGUUGAUGAGCGUUCUUAAUCUGGCCCUUCCCAAAAGGCAGUCAACAACUGAUACUAAGGCUGAGAGUGAAGCUAUAAUUAAGCAGACACAGACAAUAUUCCGGAAUCAGGGAACAAAAAGAGGAGUAUUCUAUACGUCUCAGCAGAUAGAACUUGUAAGACCUAUGGUUGAAGCUGUAGGGUGGCCUUUGCUUGCUACUUUCUCUGUUACAAUGGAGGAAGGCGAUAAUAAGGCGAGGGUUGCUCUCUGCAUGGAGGGUUUUAGGGCUGGAAUACACAUCACACAUGUGCUUGGGAUGGACACCAUGCGAUACGCUUUUUUAACAUCUUUGGUCAGAUUCACUUUCUUGCACGCCCCAAAGGAAAUGCGGAGUAAAAAUGUAGAAGCAUUGCGGACAUUACUUGCUCUUUGUGACUCUGAGACCGACUCCCUUCAAGACACGUGGAAUGCAAUCUUGGAAUGUGUUUCUCGGCUUGAGUUCAUAACAUCAACUCCUGCCAUUGCUGCAACUGUCAUGCAUGGAUCAAAUCAGAUAUCCAGAGAUGCUGUUCUGCAAUCCCUGAAAGAGUUAGCCGGGAAACCUGCGGAACAAGUAUUUGUGAAUAGUGUUAAACUCCCUAGUGAUUCUGUUGUGGAGUUCUUCAAUGCUCUCUGUGGUGUGUCAGCUGAGGAACUAAAGCAAACCCCUGCUCGUGUUUUCAGCUUACAAAAACUUGUUGAGAUAAGCUACUACAAUAUGGCUCGUAUACGCAUGGUUUGGGCUCGAAUAUGGUCUGUUUUGGCAAAUCACUUCAUUUCAGCUGGGAGCCAUCCUGAGGAGAAAGUUGCUAUGUAUGCCAUAGAUUCUCUAAGGCAGCUUGGUAUGAAGUAUUUAGAGCGUGCUGAACUUGCCAACUUCACAUUCCAGAAUGACAUUCUCAAGCCUUUUGUUGUUCUUAUGCGCAAUAGCAGAAUUGAAUCCAUACGGAGACUGAUUGUCGAUUGCAUUGUCCAAAUGAUAAAAUCCAAAGUGGGGAACAUUAAGUCUGGAUGGCGUAGUGUUUUUAUGAUUUUCACAGCUGCUGCAGAUGAUGAUUCGGAAUCAAUUGUUGAUAGUGCAUUUGAAAACGUCGAGCAAGUUAUUUUGGAGCACUUUGACCAAGUUGUUGGAGACUGUUUCAUGGAUUGUGUCAACUGUCUUAUCAGGUUUGCAAACAAUAAAAGUUCGCACAGAAUCAGUUUGAAGGCUAUUGCUCUGCUGCGUAUCUGUGAGGAUCGUCUGGCAGAGGGUCUGAUACCUGGUGGUGCUUUGAAGCCCAUUGAUGUAAAUGCGGAUGAAACAUUUGAUGUGACUGAGCAUUAUUGGUUUCCAAUGCUUGCUGGCUUAUCUGAUCUAACGUCUGAUCCUAGACCAGAGGUCAGAAGCUGUGCGCUUGAAGUUCUAUUUGAUCUACUAAACGAGAGAGGCAGAAAGUUCUCGUCAUCUUUUUGGGAGAGCAUCUUCCACCGUGUCUUGUUUCCCAUUUUUGAUCAUGUGAGACAUGCUGGAAAGGAAAGCUUAAUUUCCUCGGAUGAUGAAUUGCUGCGUGAAACAAGCAUUCACUCUCUUCAAUUGCUGUGCAACCUUUUCAACACUUUUUAUAAGGAUGUUUGUUUUAUGUUGCCACCACUACUCAGUUUGUUGUUGGACUGUGCCAAAAAGACAGAUCAAUCAGUGGUUUCAAUAUCUCUGGGCGCAUUGGUGCAUCUCAUAGAAGUUGGAGGACAUCAAUUCAGUGAGAGCGAUUGGGAUACAUUGUUGAAGAGCAUAAGAGAUGCUUCGUACACAACACAACCGCUUGAGCUUCUUAAUGCUUUGGGCUUUGAGAAGAACAGGACAUUAAUUAAAGAUUUAGAGAUCAACGGGGAUGAUAGCUCAUCCCCCAAGGGUGUUGAUAAUCGUAAGUUUGAUGCCAAUGAUUACGGAACGGUACCGACUAGCAGUGCCGAUAGCACUGGAAGAACUUCAGAGAAUAAUCAACCAGGGCUACAGUUGAAUUCGGAUGGUUCUGAAGGUCUUCCAUCACCUUCUGGAAGAAGUUCAAAAUCUUCUGAAGCUGGUGGCCUCCAACGGAGUCAAACAAUCGGUCAAAGAAUUAUGGGUAACAUGAUGGAUAAUCUCUUCCUUAGAAGUCUUACUUCAAAAUCCAAGGCUGGUGGUGCUUCAGAUGUUUCAGUGCCGUCAUCUCCAGUUAAGGUUCCUGAUGUUGUAGAACCUGAUGCCAAAGAUGAGGAGGAAAGUCCACUUAUGGCCACUGUUAGGGGGAAAUGUAUUACUCAGUUAUUACUUCUUGGUGCCAUUGAUAGUAUACAGAAGAAAUACUGGAGCAAGUUGACAGUACCCCAAAAGCUUGUUAUAAUGGACAUCUUGUUAUCUCUGUUAGAGUUUGCUGCUUCUUAUAAUUCAUAUACUAACCUCAGAACAAGAAUGCACCAACUUCUAGAUGAAAGGCCACCUCUGAAUCUUCUGCGCCAAGAAUUAGCUGGAACUACCAUAUACUUGGACAUUUUACAGAAAUCAACUUCUGGAUUUGAUGCCAAUGAUGAUUCAAGCGUCACUCAGCACUCUAAAGAAGAAGAGAAGCUUGAAGGAUUAGCAGAAGACAAACUGGUGUCUUUCUGUGAACAGGUACUCCGAGAGGCUUCCGAUUUGCAGUCCAGUGUAGGUGAGACCACUAAUAUGGAUAUUCAUCAAGUUCUGGAGUUGCGUUCUCCUGUCAUCGUUAAGGUGCUUAGAGGCAUGAGCUUUAUGAACAAAAAGAUUUUCAGAAGACACCUAAGAGACUUUUAUCCUUUGCUUACAAAGCUUGUGUGCUGCGAUCAGAUGGACGUUCGUGGAGCUCUUGCUGAUCUUUUCAGGGCACAACUAAAAGCUCUUCUACCAUAGGUCUUUCCUUUUGCCACUCCAUCAAGUUUCUCAGAAAGGCGCCACUGCUGAGCCAAUAGCUAACAUCUCAUUGUUUCUCAUAGAAUUUUCGUGCCUAAAACUAUUUGUUCGGAGAUUGGCAUCAUUUUAUUACGGUAUAUCCUUUACUGUAACGAUCCCAUGGUAGUGCAAAAGAGAGGAAACAAAGUAGGAGAAAAGGAAGAUUUUUUUGUUUUUUUGUUUUUGUUGUAUUUCUAUUUUUUUUUUUAAUUUUUUUAUGGUCCGUGUUUAAUAUUCAAUUUUGUUGUUAUAUAGUGGAAGUAUCCCCAAUAAUAUUAUUCCUGGGUCCUUUUGGUCUUGCAGUAGUAGUUAACAACUAUUUGAUUUAUUAAUUCUCAUGAAACAUUUUGGGGUUUGUAAUGUAUUUAAU